UAACAGGAGAAAUGGACAAAGUAUUAUUUCUUCGUCGAAGAAUAAGGCAAGCCACUUUGCCUUUUACCGCCUAGUUUGUGGCGCUGGCAGUGACGAAAAAGCAUUGAAACGUGCUAAACUGGACGAUUUGAAAGGACAAAUGCAUUUUGAUAAAGUUAACGCUCUUUGUCGGAGUUUGGGAGCCCAACAAUCAGCUUUCACAAGACCACAGACUGACGGAGACAAGGUUAGGAGGACAAGAUUUGUGCGAGAAGAAACACACAACAAACACUCCCCCUGACGCUGUGGAAUUGUACUGAAGCAGUCGUGGUUUCCCAGAGACGCAGUUUGGCAGAGCGCAGCGCACCGCGGAGCGCGCAGCUCCGGACGCACCUGAACAGUCAGAGCGCUGUGACCACCAGUGAGCUGGAGACAGUCUCUCACCUGCUCCGAGCCACACACUCCCUCACACACACACACACACACACACACUGCUCCGCAACAUCUGCCACGUCGUCUCUGAUGGAGAGAGGAAGAGUGUGACGGACUGUUUGUUGGCGUGGAGUAACAUGUCUACCUCUUUGGCGUCUCCUAUGGACCAAAUCAUUGUUUUUGGGCUGCGCGCUCGUAUUUGGAACGUUUAAACGGAGACUUUAAGAAGCCAUAAAAACUCGCGUGAGCUCAUCGUCAGUUGUACCUACAAUGUCCCAGACCAUCUGCGUGGAAAAGUUAAAGGCAUGCUGCAUAUUGAGGGCUGCGAACGUGCAAGCAAGCUGAAACAGAUGGACACGAGCCCCACAACACACUGGAGACGCCCCGUGUUGCUGAAUGGGUGACAAGCUCCCAGUCACCACACAUACUCUGUGAAGCCACCGUCCUAUCGCAUUGUGCAGGACAGGGUCCCCCAACAGAGCGGCAGUGAUGUACCAGGAGGUGGCCUUCCUCGCUGGCAGCACUGAGCACCAGUUCACCACCUUCCACUUCAAACGUGUGCAGAACCCACAGGAAGUCAAAUCCAAGAAGGGUUUGUUCUACAAGCGAGCACAGCUCCUGCUCCAGCCCCAACCUCGUCAACAGGAUGGAGAUGAGAUUGGCUUGGCUGAUGGGAUGGCAAUUAUUAACGUAGGGGGGAUCAAGUACCGCAUCCCCUGGUCUACUCUGGAGGAGUUCCCCCUGACACGGCUCGGUAAAUUGCGCAGAUGCAGCAACGAGGCCGAGAUCAUGGACUUGUGCGAUGACUACGACGGCAGCAGCAAUGAGUAUUUCUUCGACCGGAGCCCGUCGGCUUUCCGCACAAUCGUGUCUUUCCUAGCGGCGGGGAAGCUGCGGCUGCUGAGGGAGAUGUGCGCUCUGUCCUUCCAGGAGGAGCUGCUGUACUGGGGGGUGGAGGAGAACAACCUGGACUGGUGCUGCCUCAGGAAGCUGCGGCUCAGGCAGGAGGAGUACAAGGAGCAGCAGAGGCUGGAGGAUGAGGAGGCCGAGCUCACCUCCCCGCAGUCCUGCGAGGAGAGCCAGCAGUCUCCCGAAGCACAGGAGGAGACCCUUUCAGGGGGCUGCAUGCGGAGACUGAGGGAUAUGGUGGAGAACCCCCACUCCGGCCUGCCGGGGAAGAUCUUCGCUUGUCUCUCAGUAAUAUUUGUAGCCAUCACCGCUGUGACGCUGUGUGUCAGCACCAUGCCGGACCUCAGAGAGGAGGAGGAGAGGGGUGAGUGCUCCCAGAGGUGCUAUAACAUCUUUGUGCUGGAGACAGUGUGUGUCGCCUGGUUCUCCCUGGAGUUCCUGCUGCGCUUCAUUCAGACGCAGAGCAAGUGCAUGUUCCUGCGUACGCCUCUGAACGUCAUCGACGUGGUCGCCAUUCUCCCCUACUACAUCACUCUCAUUGUGGACUCUCUGUCAGUCGGAGGGAAACCUGCAGGCUCAGGGAACAACUACCUGGAGAAGGUGGGGCUGGUUCUCAGAGUCCUGCGAGCUCUACGGAUCUUUUACGUCAUGAGGCUUGCCCGCCACUCUUUGGGCUUGCAAACGCUCGGUCUGACGGUGAGGAGGUGUACACGGGAGUUUGGACUGUUGCUGCUGUUCCUCUGCGUUGCAAUGGCUCUUUUCUCCCCGCUGGUGUUCCUUGCUGAGAGCGAGAUGGGCGCCAAGCAGGAAUUCACCAGCAUCCCCGGGAGCUACUGGUGGGCCGUUAUUUCCAUGACCACGGUGGGCUACGGAGACAUGGUGCCCAGGAGCAUCCCCGGCCAGGUGGUGGCGCUCAGCAGCAUCCUGAGCGGCAUCCUCCUCAUGGCCUUCCCCGUUACGUCCAUCUUUCACACCUUCUCUCGCUCCUAUGUGGAGCUGAAGGAGGAGCAGAGCCGCGCAAUGAGGCAGAAGCCGGACUCGCAGGACAGCACCAAGUCGCAGAACAGCGAGGACUCCCAGGAGACGGACAGCUACCACGGCAUCACGGAGGCCGCGGCCUCGUCCUUGCAGCGGAGGAAGUCCAUGGCUGCUCACAGGGCUGCCGAGAUUAGAGCGUCCCUGAAAACUUAGCCGUCUGUCUGUCUGUGUUCAAGCGGCAGUCUGGAGGGCCGUGACACUCGGCGCCGGGACUUCAAAGUUGACAAGCUGCAGGAUUGUGAGCAGGAGGGAGAUUUUCCUCUCUGGAGAUUGAGGUCUCUGCUUUGAUCGUGUGAGGCGCUUGUGCAGCAGAGUGUAUCUGAGUUUCUCAAGUUUUACAGAGGAGCUGUAGAGGUCUUUUUUUUUUUUCACAAAUAUGACUUGGAAAAAUGGGUAACAGUACAAUAUUCAUGAUUAAAUGACUAGUUAAAUGAGAUAAAUAAAUAAAAGUGACUGACUGCGAUUCAGACUUGAGACGACCAAAAGGGAAAUCCAACACCGAAACAUCAUAGGUUGUUAUUCAGACCUCAGACUAAUAAUUAAUGUUAUGCAUUUGAUUAACCUGGAACCAGACGAAUCUGUGAGCUCAUGUUUUAUAAGCUGUGGUGGAUGCGUCUGGUCCCCUUCAGACACACUUCCAUAUGACCUGGCCUCAGCUGGACUAAUCACAAGGAUUUAUCUAAUAGUAAGCAUGUUUUAGAUGAUAACUUGUGGAGCUUGUGGGCUUUACACAAAAUUCACAAUAAUGUCGAGCACCCUCUAGCCCAUUUUCACCCUAGAUGGUCAAAUACCAAUGUGUUGUCAUACUCCUCAUCUUGUGAUUUGGAUGCCAAAGGCAGCCUUUAGCGUCUUUGAGACACACUGGGCUUUAAACUACCUCCACUGUAAACUCAUCUGCAGCAAUACUUGAUGCUGAGAACUGUAUGUAUAAAGAGUGAGAAAGUCUAUGCAGGGAGAGGAGGCUGAUGGGUCAAACAAACACAGGACUGUCACCCAGAACAAAGCAGUUUGUGUCGCGUGGUGUUACAUUACAUUACUGUAAAGUAACAAAAACAAAUUUUUCUAGACCUAAUCAAGUACUGUUGUUGCAUAAACCUAACCACGACUGUGUCACAACGUAAACCCUGUGUUAUUUUUUUGCUUUGCGUCACAUAGAGACGCUAAAGGCUGCCCUGUGCAUCGCUAUGAGACGCAGAGGGACAGGGGAGCAUUGGUAUUUGACGACCUGGGAAUAAGAAUGGCUUACAGCCUUGCACUGGGGGACACUAUAGUGAGCAUAUACCUAGCCUAGGAGACAAAGAGGAGCACUCUUGGGGCUUUUUCAAAGACGACCAAUACAGCGGCAGCUGAUUUGGAACUUUGUGUUAAAGUACCAUUUUCAAAUUCUGAAAAAUGGUAACACUCGACACCAAACAUAUUGAUAUUACACUGUCACAGUUCAUCUUUGUGUGCUGUAUCUGUCAACUAUGUCACAUUAUGUAGCUCAUCUGAUUUGUUUUAAAUCUAUUCAGCUGCAUCCAGAAGCAUUUUGGUCUGACUGUUGAAAAUGUCCUUGGAAGCCAAAUAUGAAGUGAGAGGUUCCAGAUAAGCUGUCAGGCUAGUCUUUCAGAGGAUCACCUGAAAUAAAGGUAUUUGCUGAGAUAUGUAGCUUAUUGUUAAUGUCAUCUCCAUUAUCUCUGUAUUGUAUUUGGCCACAAGCAAAUUACGUAUUGUACCUGGGUCUGUGCUAUAUAAGGUUAACACAUGCUUAUGAUGAUGUCAGCACAUUCAUUUCCAAUGAAGCAAAGCUGUUUACUCUCCAGCAUGAUAACACAAAACUAAUUCAUCUGUCAGAAGGCUGCAGUCGGCAGGGACAUUUUGUUUACUGGCAAAUGACAAGAGGAUUGGGGCCACAUGCCUGUGUCUCCAUUAGAUAGCUUUGUCUGGUGCACAUGCUGAUGCUUUAAAAAAAAAAGUUUGCCAUUUGGAGAAAUGCACCUUUUCACUUUACUGAAAGUUUCAAUAAAGUUAACUUUGGUUGUCACUUUGUUAAAAAUGGCAACGUUGGUUGAUAUAGAUAAUAGCUAAGAACAUAUAUAUAAAAAUAUAUACAU